AUGGAGGCAGUUGAUCGAGAGGUGUUGAUCAGGGAUGAUGAUCAGUUUGUAGCGCCUCCCAAUGGCGGCAUAAAUGAACUGCUGAAUGUGGACCAAGAAGAAAACGCACAGGAGCAGGAGUUUCUUGGCCCACAAGCAGAGUACAACGAGGAGGAGGAGGAGAGGAAGUACUACAGGAGGAAGAGGCUUGGAGUCAUCAAGAACGUCCUUGCAGCCAGUGUUGGAGCCAUGAUUCUGUACAGUGUGUACAUGGGUCUACUGCAGAUGCAGCUAAUACUCCAUUAUGAUAUGACCUACCGCGAAGUGAAGUACAGCAACCUUGGCCUGGAGGACAUCGAUCACAAGAUGCUGAUGGGCAUCAACGUCACGCCCAUCAUAGGUCUACUGUACACCCCCGUACUUAUCAGGUUUCUAGGUACAAAGUGGAUGAUGUUCCUCGCUUCAGGGAUCUACGCACUCUUUGUGUCGACCAAUUACUGGGAGCGGUACUACACCUUGGUCCCAUCGGCCGUGGCUAUCGGCGUGGCCAUCGUGCCGCUCUGGGCCUCGUUGGGAAAUUACAUUACAAGGAUGGCGCAGCAGUACUACGAGUAUGUGAACUACAGAGAAGAGCAUGUGCAGGAGCAGAAGAAGCUCCCUAAGGGCGCGUGCCACAGCUACAUCAUUGUCUUCCAGUCCAUCUUCUUCAUCAUCUUCCAUCUGAGUUUUGUCUUCGCUGAGUUCCCGAUGCGCUUCGUCCUCAACGGCUACCUGCGAGGAAACGAACACAUCCUCAAAAAUGUCCAUAACUGUGGAGCAAACAUCAAAGGUGUGAUCCCUGGCUUCAACACCACCGUGCUCAAUAAGCUGCCUCGCUCCAUGCUGCUCAUCCAAGUGGAAAGCGUCCUCAUGGGCUUCGCCUUCCUCUCCAUGAUCAUCUUCCUGGUGCUGUGUGGCGCCGCCUACCGCCCCACCGAAGAGAUCGACCUCCGCAGCAUCGGCUGGGGAAACAUCUUCCAGCUGCCUUUCAAACACCUGAGGGACUACCGCCUGCGCCUGCUCUGCCCCUUCUUCAUCUACAGCGGCUUCGAGCAGAUGUUCGCCAUCACUGGAUUCUCCCUGUCCUAUGGCGUGUGCGCUCUGGGCCUGGAUAAGCUGUGGCUCCUCAUCCUCGUGUACGGCCUCUCCUGCUCCGUCUUCUCCUCCCUCUCCCUCUGCCUCCUCCGCCUCCCGCGCUGGGUGUGUCUGGUGGGGGGGGCCGUGGUGCACCUAGUGCUGCUGGUGGCUCUCCUGGCUUUCUCUCCAACCCCGAAGACGCCUUCAUAUCUGGGUCCUCUGCUGGUGAUCUCUGUGCUGUGGGGACUGGGCAGCGCCCUGAACAAGACGGGCGUCAGCAUUCUGCUGGGCAUGCUGUACGGUGAGGAAAAAGAGCGUCUUGACUUUGUCUUCACCAUCUAUCACUGGUGGCAGGCCAUCGCCAUCUUCAUCGUCUACCUCUGGUCCAACAUGCCUAUGAGGGCUAAGCUCUCAAUCGUGUUGGCCACCUUGCUGCUGGCCUGCUUCUGUUACGGGGUGAUGGAGCGCCGGCUGGCCAGGAAGAUUCCUUUCAGACUGCCUCGCAUCCCUCGGCCCCGGCACAAGGUCAAAGGCUACCGCUACCUGGAAGAGGACAACUCGGAUGAGUCAGACUCUGAGAGGAGUGAUGACGAAGAGGAGGGGCUGGACGACGACGAGCAUGUGGCGGAGGAGAUGGAAGCUGAGGACGAGGACGGGGACGGAGGAGGCCAAGACGCAGGGGGCCCUGCAGCUGAGUCACCCGGAGCUCGGAGGAGAGGAGCCGAGGGUCAGCACCACAGAGGGGCGGAGGCCUAACUGAGGGAGGAGGGGGAGAGACGAGGAAGGGGCAAGAGGACAGAUGGCAGAAGAGGAAGAUAAUUAGAGAAGGGCUGUUGGGCCCAUUACUCCGUUCAUAUUUUACAUAUGUUUUUAUACAAUCUCACAUACGACACUUAACUAAAGCAUUUCAUAUUGCCAUUUCUUUGAAUUAAGGGCUACCCCAUUAUGGCAACAUCAUAGUCAUAAUAAUGAAAAUAUAUUAAAUAAUUUUAUAACAAAUAUGUAUUAACAGUGGAUUUCUACUUUAAAUUCAACUCGGCUGCAAAAAAUACAUUUAAAAUGUUUAACAUUAUCAUUAAAUAUAUAAAACAUACACUUUUAAAUAAAUUAAUUCAAAUGAUAAAAAAAAGUAUUUAUCAUAAAAAAAUUAAAUGUAAAAAACCAUGUUGUAAUAUUCUCAAGAGCUUUAACAACAGAAUAAGGUACACAAUACUUUUUUCAUUAUCUUGUUUUUCUUUCCUUGGAAGUCAAUAUCACAACAGAAGUCCAGAAGAAAGGGAACAUAUCAAUGUCAAUAAUUAAAAGCACACACUCGAUAAAACACGACUACAACAAAUACUUUUCUUUUAGUGGCCCAUUAUUAUAGAUCAUCAAGUAUAAAACAUAUCUGAAAAGAAAAGAAGUGGAUGCAACAAAAAGAGAUUGAGAAAUAGAUUUUCUAAGUUUAUCUUCAGUGAAGUCUGUUUGGAUGGAGUCAUGUUUAGAGCUCUGCUGAAUGUGAACAAUCUUUUUAAAAUGUAUGCUAAUUAAUACAAAAGAAACAACCUAAAUGGAGCUACUAGCUCAGACAAGAUGCCUGGCAUGUGUCUUUGGAAAAUAUCUGUUUCAUUCGCUUUUUUACAGACAAUGAAUGUAAUUGUUUGCUUUUAUGCAACAGGUACCGGACAAUCAGUCAUGUAUAGCCAAAGUGAGUGAAGUAUGUCAGUUGAGGGAUAUUAUAAUUACUUAUACGUGAAAUAGUUUUUUGUAUAAUCUACAAUACAGUAAACAAGAUUAAGAGUCUACACAAAUGCUAGCAAGUCUAUUAUGUGCUUUAUCAGCUACCUUUAUCAGAGUGAAAAUGCUGCAGUUGGCUUAGUAAGCUAAGAUGUUAACGUUGGUGUAUCAAAGUUCAGUUAAAAUCUGCAAACAUUAGGAUGCUAACUUGACUCGUGUUAACUGGCUUAACAGAUCUAAUGAAUGCUCUGUUCACCACCUAACUUUAGUGUGUUAGCAUGCUAACAUUAGCCAUAUAGCGCUGUACAGAAAACACAUAAUUAACUGUUAACUGCCAAGCUGGUACAGAAAGAUUGUGCUGACUAUUUCUUAAGAAAGGCACUCAAAUUAAGGUGUACACAUUAAGGUACAAAUAUUUUAUAGAUUUGUAACAGUUGAAUUAGUUAAUGCCUCAAAAUGUCUUGAAAUUAAAAAUGAUGCAAAUUUCAAAUCUUGUUCAACUCCACAGGAGUUAUUAAGCUACAGGGGUUUAUAAAGUAAAAAUAUAUAAUGAAUGUAUCAUUGACAUGAAUAGCUGGCACAUGCAAAUGUAAUGAAGUUACUUCCAAAAAAACUAAAGAGGAGGGUCUACAUGCCUACAUGUCUGUUGAAGAAUAAAUACUUGAAAAUAAUACUGAA